AUGACAACACCAUCCGAACCCCCAAACAUGGCAACACCCGCGCGGACCUCAGCCCUCCUCGCCAACCUGACCGCCGUAUCCGCGCGCAUCAGUGCAGCAGCACAGCAAUCCCCAACCCCAGCCAAAGCAAUCCGCCUGGUAGCAGUUUCAAAAUUGAAACCUGCAAGCGACGCUCUAGCUCUGCACCAAUCCGCCUCACAAGUGCACUUCGGCGAAAAUUACCUUCAGGAGCUCCUCGAGAAAUCCCGCCGCCUCCCUCCAACCAUAAAAUGGCACUUUAUCGGCGGUCUCCAAAGCAACAAGUGUGUGACGCUCGCGCGGGACGUGCGCGGUCUCUGGGCCGUUGAGAGCGUCGACUCAGAUAAGAAAGCCAAGCUCCUUGAUAAAGGCUGGGGCGAGCGAGCAGAGGAUGUCAAGGCACACGCUGAAGAUGGCGAGAGACUGCGUAUCUACGUGCAGGUUAAUACAUCCGGGGAGUCGAACAAGGCGGGCGUUGAGCCGGAAAAGGCCACUGAGCUUUGUCGCUAUAUUCGGGAGCAGUGUCACCGGUUGAAGCUGCAGGGUGUCAUGACUAUUGGGGCUAUUGCGCGGUCGAGGGAUACCACGCCGGAGAAUGAGAAUGAGGAUUUUGUUUGUUUGCGCGAGACUAGGGAUCGGGUUGUCAAGGAGCUUGGGCUAGUGGGGGAUGAUGCGGAGCUAGAGCUUAGUAUGGGGAUGAGUUCGGAUUUCGAGGGCGCUAUUGCGCUUGGGAGUGAUCAGGUGCGGGUUGGGACGACGAUCUUUGGUGAUAGACCGCCUAAGGCGGAGGCGACAGUUUGA